AUGGCCCGGGAUAAACGUUCCGGGGCUACACUGCAUACAUCGUCAUCAUCAGCUUUCCCAUGCAUCUGCCAACUUGAUGAUACCUUACUACGCAAUUCACUUUUACAAUACACCUACAAGACUUGCAUCAUGGGAGAUGACGCCCCGCAAGACACCCCGCAGCAGGACUGGUGGGAGGCUUUUCCUGAGCCAAAGGCCGAGUGCACUCGAACCGACCCAGCUAUUGUCUCCAAGCUCAUCGAGGUGAAUGCAGCUCUUGGAAAGAACGCCAAAAGAGAUUUUCUCUUGGUCGACGUUCGAAGGACUGACUGGGAGGGUGGCACUAUUUCCACGUCAAUCAACCUCCCGGCUCACACGUUCUACCAGACCCGUUCCCAGGUCUAUCAGCUUGUUAAACAGGCAGGUAUCAAGAGAAUCAUCUUUUAUUGCGGGAGCUCCAAUGGCCGGGGUCCGCGAUGCGCCAGGUGGAUGCAGGACUACCUCGACGAGGUUGGUGAAACUGACAUCAAGGCUGAAAUUCUGACCGGAGGUAUCAAGGGUUGGCAAAAGGCGUACGAUGGCCAGUUGAUGGACUUUUACGACGAAAAGGCCUGGGAGAAGAAAGAGUGA